AUGCAGCUCGAUGAGAUGGUGCCCCACUCGCGGUUACGAUCAUCGUCGGCAAUGAUGUCUAUUUCCAACAGCCAGACGUCUAUUGAACAACCCGAUGAUUCUGUUCUUCGACCAUUACCAACAACUACACCCACAGUCAACCACAAUGAACAAACUCCGGAGAUUCGACGUAUCAUUUGGGAACUCACCCUCACACCGCGGAUCCUCGACGUCGACCACUAUUUCAAGACGCGGAGAGUCUCGAGGGUUUCGGAUGACUGCGCUGUUGGCGACGAAACUCCUGGAAGUUGGGAAACUUUCUUUGAUCCAGAAAUUAGCAGAAAUACAAUGUUCAGCAAUGCAGUGACUGCAUUUGAUGAAUCAUGGUCACCUACUGGCGUGGAGGUUACUUGCAUUUCGGUUAUUGGUAUCAUGGAUGCCUGUAGCGAGUCUCGCGAAGUCAUACUAUCUUCUGGAUACACGCGCAUAUUCCCCUUGCUUGGCUUCAGAGCCACAACUCUAUUCUCAUCACUCAAUGACACGUUCUACAUCCGCCAGGGGGCUUUUAUCAAAGCUUUUUUCUUCUGGUAUGGAUUCAUGCUUGGAAGCGCUGUUGUUGAUGUUAAACACCUUGCAAUUGGAACAAUCCGUCAUGGUUUCAGUGGCGAUUGUACACUUGCUAACGAGCGCGACAUGUUCCGAUACGCCGUAAACAAGGACUAUAAGAAUAUCGAGGAACUCACACUUGCCCUGGAAUAUGACGUCGGCAGUGACCGCUCCAACCUUGUUUUCAUGGAUAUUGAGGAUAUUUUCGGUACGAGCCAAGCUGCCACACCGCAAUUUGGACCCGAGAUGGCCCAGAGGGGAAAGCAUCCUCUCGAAGCAAAUUGUGACAGGAAUUCCGUCAGGCUCUUUGAGCUCGAGCGUCAGAAGCUUGCUCAAUGGUUACUGAGGGACAUUGAUAUGUUCAACGUACUCCCGAAUGAGGCGUACCCAAACGAGAGGAACGAAAAAAACCUGAAAGUCAAUCGGAAGAUUGUCACCACGUCCGAGAUUAAGGCUACCUUCAAGGAUGCUGUUUCCUGGUGCAAAGCAAGGAUGUUACGGAGGCGCCUAUUUGUCUUCAACCAGCGGACAAGAUGUACUACUCAUGCUGUUGCUGACGAAAGUAGCACAGUCAAGGAUAUCUGCGACAUAUGGGUUUCGGACAAUCGACUCGAAUGCAACAUGCAUUCACUAGACAAAAUUCAGCUCUGGCACGAUGGAACCAGCUUCGAUCCAACUACUAGAAUUCUCGACAUCAACAGUAUCUUGGAUGGCGGCUUUCUUUACAUGUUGGUUUGGGAUGGGAAGUGUUGGCGUUGGUGA